AUGCCUCUAUCUGACUCCGGCGGCUCCAGUUACUCUGGCGGUUCGAGAAGGUCCGCUCGGAUAGCCCAGAGGCCCCCGGGAUGGUUUAGCGAACAAGCGCAACAGGAGCGCAAUGAGGAAAUGAGAAAGCAGCUUCAAGAUAAAAUACCCAUACGGAAGAGAAAGACCCCUUCUGGUGCUUCGAAGUCACCGAGCGCGAAGAAGAAACUAACUGCUCCGCCAAAGCCAAAGCCUUUGAAUGUGGAAGCUUUCUUGGCUGACCUUGAUACUGAUUACACCGAGAAAUUGACAGAGGAGAGAGCUAAGCUUAAGCCAACUGGAAAGAAACAGAUCUGGGGACCAGUAGGUGAGCCCAUUAUGGAAAGGAAAAAGGCACCUAAGGGCUGGAAUGAUGAUGAGCCGGAUCUGGAUCCAGAUGACUUCCCAGCUCAGAUUGCAAGAUGUAAAGAGCGAAUCCGAGAGAAUGUCAUGCCCCAUGUCUAUGAGCACAAACUUAAGACUCUAUUGGAAAUCCAAAAAGCACAGCUCAACCUCUUGAAGAAGACGCCUGGCGUGUCCUUGGAUGUAGCGCGCCGAUUGCAAUCCCUCGAAGGCCAAUUGGAGUGGCUUGAGACUGAGGGAGACGAGUUCCAUAUUGGGAGCAAUUUAAAAGCAAUCAAGGAAGCAUACAAAUCGGGCAGCCUGGAGUGGAACGACGGACUGGUCACUUACUGGAACCAAGGCGUUCAACUUUGUCAACCGAGGCCAUUCGAGUGGCUUGAGUUCGAGUGUCUUCAUGAUAAGUAUGACGGAACGAAGACCGGGUUCCAGGUAGAGGGUCUGAAAAUUAUGUUACGAACUCCGAAGCUUGAUUUCAGAGAACCAUUUGGCCUGGAAACGCCUAUGAUCGAUGAUACUGGUGCAUCUAUAAUGCAGAUAUAUGCCAGUGACAUUGAGCACCUUAUGACUUCCAAUCCCAUGAAAGCGGUUGAGGGUGAUUAUCCCAUGCCUCGGCUGCUCGGUGUUGUAUCGAUGUGUAUGGCUGAUUCGACGGUGUCCAAUCGUAUUUGCCGACAAGUGGAAGCCAACCUUUGGGAUUCGGAGAAUAACAGCGAAAUGGGCCAAUGGGAAAAAAUCCCGGUCAGUGUCGAGCCUGGCAGCAAUGUAUCAGCUAAUGGUAUUUUAAAACCUCGCCUUGCUGGCCCAUGGGUGCGAUGGAGAUACUACAGUGCGACUGUUCCGAAUGAGCUCUCACUUCGGGUCUAUGACUACAACCCCUCCACCGCAGCCCGAGGUAGACGCAGAAUUUCAGACUCUGGGCCAUAUUUACCCCUCUCUAUUGGCCAAUUUGACAUGCAAGAUAUUGCUGAUUUCCCCAAUAUGGAUGGAAGCAAAGUGGCAGAAGUGACUCGAAGGCACAGCAAGACUUGUGCCCGCAAAAGCAAUCAGCCUUUGCCUCCAGCAGCCAAACCAGGCAGGAAAAGGCAAUCCUGUGAUCUUUGUUUCUUUGCCAAGGCGUCGUGCGAUAAAGGCACACCAUGUUCUCGCUGCCAGUCUCUCUCUCGUCAAUGCACUUUCUCAGUGCAAAUUCCUUCUCCUGCAUCAAGUGUUCCUACAGCUGUCUCGCGUCUGCCUAAUCCAUGCCGAGCGACCUUGAAAGGCAGUGGUCCAUUUUCCUUUCUCCGGCAUUUUGCCGAUCCCUCUUUUCAAAAGGACCGACUAGCAAUAGGGGAGACUGCAAAAUGCUCCGUUCGACGAAAUCUGGAAACACUCCAUUCGCAUAUUGAAGAUGCUCUCAUCCCCACGGACAUAAUGUCCACUUUUGGCGACUUUCAACUCCCAAGCUUACCCUUUCAAUUACCAUCAAACCUACCCUCAUUCACCGACGAAUACUUCCUUACGCAGUUUAAUCCCGACGGUCUCUUUCCCUCCAAGCUCUCAACCCAACUAUCCGAGAUCAUGACGGAACUAGUCGAAACCUCAAAAUCAAUGGGUCUCGGAACAGCCGGCUCCCCAAGCGAGCUUGACUUUGCUGAACUUUCCCACCUCCUAGACGUCUCUCACAUCACAGCAUCGAUCACUGCUUUCUUCCAAUCUCUUCACUGGCACUUACCGGUAGUCCAUUUUCCCACGUUCGAUCCGGGAAAUAUCACCAAUUCACUUUUACUUGCGAUAUUUCUAUCUGGUGCCACAUACACCAUCCCAGAUGGUAAAGGCCUGCCAUCUGCACUCUUUGAUAUCGCCGAAGAGCAUAUAUUCCGGCAAAUCGCGAGUUUAUCUACAUUCGCUCUACCGAAGGAUAAUUCGACAAUACAGCUGAUUCAAAGCGCUCUCAUAAUUGAGAUGCUUCAAUUCGGUCGCGACAAUAUGCAAACAAGGCGCCGCAUUCGCAUAGUGCGACAUCCGUGCUUGGUGUCUACUAUCCGCUCCUUGGGAUUCUUCCACCUCAAGAGAGAGACUACACCAGAUCUUUGUGAUGAAAUUACCUGGAGAGAUUUGGUAGCGGAGGAGAUCUGCAUAAGAAUUGCCUGCUGGGUUUUUCUCGCAGACGGAUUCCUCACAGUAUGCUUCAAGAACCACCCAUCGAUUUCGGCAUUUGAGAUGAAUUGUAAUGUCCCUUGGAGUGCUGGUCUAUGGGAAGCCGAGAGUGCUUCAGCCUUCGGAAAAAUUGCCACGAAUCACUCGACAGAACUUCCACUUCCCCCUCUAAGCGAUGUGGUUUCCCAAUUACUCGAAACACCCUUGAGUGAAGGCCAAAUACCCUGGGGUCCGUCGGUCUCAGUGGAACAUCUCUUGAUUCUGAUAUACGCCAUCAACUCCGUCGCAUUCCAAGUACGAGCAGGACUACUGAAGUAUCUAUCCCUGGAUAAAAUCCGCUGUGCAUCCAGCAACUGGAAACGCGUCUGGGACUCUGUGAUUGGACUCCUUGACAAAGACCGUCUCCUUCACCUCGGCUAUCCGAAACAUGCCCAGGAGCUCUGGUGGUUGUUAAAUGCUACACUGGAAGCGACAGGGAAACCAGACGCCAAGCUCCGGUACAUGGAUAACACAGCUACUGACGACCUGGGUGAUUUGAACGAGUUUAUUCAAUGGUGCUAUCAAAGUGCGCCACAAUUAAAUGGAUAUUAA